AUGGCGACGGCGGACGAGGUCAAGAUGGAGAUCGAUGUCGACCCAGAGAAGCUUCGCAAUCGAAAGAAGAAGAAAGUCUUUCUACAACGACGAGAUGACGUGAUUCACGGCGUGGGCGCCAAAGCUGCCGAACUGCGUCGCAGGCUGUUCAACCGACGAACCAAGACCAAGGCGGACGUUGCGAAUCUGCCACUGGUGAAGCAAGCAAAAAAGGACGCUUUGGACGUCCGCAUGGCACUGGUCGAGCAUGACGUGAAGGCGCGUAUGAUCGACGCACACACGCGUACCCACUUUGAGCUGGCGGAAUCGUUCAGGUACUUGAAUCAGAGCCUUCGACACUCGACACGCAGCGUCCGAAACAACACGUCCACGCUGGAGGACCUCGCGCGCCGCGUUGAGUUCAUGCAGCAAAUCAACGCAAAAUCCCCAGUGUUCACCCAGCCCCCGGCUCAGGAAAAAGUGAAGCAAGAAGUGGGCGCCAAGCUCACGGCGUUCCUUCCACAGGAAUCCUGUCCAACUUGUGGCAAAGUUCUCGCAACCUCCGCCCUCCUCAACAUGCACGAGCCGUUCUGCCGAGGGAUUGUCGUUCGCGAGUUGCCUUUAUCGAUGCUUCGUUGCAAGUUGUGCCAUCGCGCAAUCAAGGGAGAUCGUUUGGCAUAUCACAUGGAUUCGUGCCAGCGCGACCACGACCGCCACGCAGUGAUUUGGGCAAGCCCUGCGUACGCCUUAAAGGGGCAGCCGCCAGAGCCCCCGACCGCGUUCCGCGUCGUGCGGACCACCCACAGUUCCAUCUCGUUCGCAUGGAACCCGCCCACGUUUACGGCUGACCUGGCCGUCGUCGAUUUCCAAAUUCAGUUGCAUGUUCUCGUCAUCGAAAGGUUUCAGCGGCUUCAACACCGCCAGCACGAACGCACGUUCCACCCACUGCCCGUCGUCUCGACAUCGCGGUGGGCUUUGCAUCAUCACCCUGUCGCCAUGCACGGCUACACCGUCGACCGCCUCCCCGCCAAAUCCACAUUUGGCCGCAUGGCGGUUCGAUGCAAAACGCUAAACGGAUGGAGUGGCUGGACCGAUUGCAACGACGAAGACGUCAGCACCACAGAUCCGGUGGCCCCAUCCCGCCCGCUUUUCCUGUCGGUGGGCCUCGUCACGGUGGAUUCGAUUGCGCUGAGCUGGCUGCCCCCGUUCGACAUGGGCGGCGAGCCCAUCGACGAGUACAUCGUGUCGUUUUCGGGAUAUGUUCAAGUCCACGACGGCACGAAUUCCAUCGACAUGCGUGCAGCAGAGCUAAAGGAUUUUACUCGCCGUGUGAAGGCGCCGGACCGACCGCUGGUCAACUUGAGCGACUACUCGACCGACCGCAUCCAGAGCGACGAUGCCGACGCACACUACGUCCGCUGCACGAUCGAUGGCCUACGAAGCGGCCAGUCGUACUCGCGGUGGCGGGUGUGCGCCGUGUCUGUCUCGGGUGUGAUCGGAGACACCACGCCUGAAUUGCCCCCUGUUCGCACGUUAGUCCAUGGAAAGGAGUACGAGCUCGUGGCGGAGCUCCAAGAAGCUAUCAACAGCACGGCGACGACCAUCGACUCGGCGUUUUACAACGGAUUUGUCCAGCGCUACGAUCGAAAACACUACAUUCAGCUGGUGGCCGACACGAUCAGGCUGCACCAUCCGUCUCUGAGUGGACGCGUCGACGCGAUGCUGCCCGUGGAGAGCGACUCCUCGGAGGACUCGGACACGUCAGGCUCGGACGCAGAGUCGUCUUCGUCGGCGCCAGAGGCAUUUGGCUCGGCAAGCCUGUCGUCCACGCCGCAGUUGACUUUGAAACCAAAAUCCGCAGUUGACAUCAUGGAAGCGGAAAAUCAAAAGCGCCUUGCGCUGCAGGCCGUCCGCCGCAAGCAGUUCCGCUACCGCCUCCACCAGCUGCACACGCAUGUCGAUACGCUCGAGUACAACAUUGCGUGGGCUGACGAGCGGUGCACCGUGCUGGUCUCGAUGGUGGAAGCCGCGGAACGCCGCAUCAUGGACAAACAGGCCGAGUUGGAGCGCGCCCGAGAGUUCAAGGGACCCGCGAUGGACUCGCUGGCCAUGCACGGCGGCCUCCAGCGCUUCUACACGCCCGCUUUGAUCACGGCGCUGGAGGAAGAGCUUGAUAUUGAGCGAUACUACAUCGUCGACACCAAGGCCGACUUGCGCGCCGUGGAGGACCAAAAGAAAGCAGACAUGGCGAUGCUGGCCACGAAACGAGCACAAAUUGUGACUCGCCAGUCGGCGCUCGACUCGUUCGAGACGGAAUGCGAGCUCGACCAGUUCAAAGCUGCGCGGGGUGCGACUGUCGUCGUCAAGUUCAAAGCAAGGCACUUGAGCUACUGUUUUGACACAUGGCGGCGACACUGCCGACGGCGGCGAGUCGAUCGUGCUGUGAUGACCCGCGCCCUAACUCGCCUCGUCCAUGUCAAAGUCUCAUCUGCGUGGAAGCAUUGGCAAGCUUGCGUCGCACGGCUGCGUGAUCUCGACGUUGUUGGCAUCGACAUCAUCGGCAAAGGCGGUGUCGAACUCAAGGGCGUGCAUGCUGCUCGCACCCACCUCCAGAGCGACUUGUACUCGGCGCUGCACGAGUGCCGCGAGCUAUCGUCGACGCUGCAAACGACCAGCCACACGACCAGCCAAAACGAACGGAAGCGAUCCAAUGUGUUUGCAAAAGAACGCAAGGCGCAGCUCCUCCGCGGGGUCGAAUCCAAGAUCCAAGAAUCUCUACGCGACGAAGGCGAUGCCCACUUGGAUGUUGGCAAUGUCGAGGCUGCCGUCACCACGUACGAAGCCUUGCUGGACAACCUUACCGCAAUGCCGUCCAAAGCUGCCACUACCAUUGAUGCUCAAGACCCCAUCCAGCUCAGCCUAGUGUACAAUCGGUUGGGCCGAGCGCACUUCAUGCUACGGAACUACGACCGCGCGGCCAACGCGUUUGAGCGGGCGAGCAUCGUGGCGACGAGUGUGGGCAACCCGGCGGAAAGCGCAGUGGCAUGGCGCGGGCUCGCCGACUGCCACCUGGCCAAACGAGAAUGGCCCGCAGCGCUCGACUUGUACUUGAAAGCCGCGGGGGCAUACGAGGAUGUGAGCGACGUGGGCGGCGAAGUCGCAUCGUGGCGAGGCAUUGCAGCAUGCUAUCGAGAGAUGGAUGCGGGAGACCUAGCCACCGAAGCCAGCGUCAAGGCGGACAGCCUCGAGCACGUCCUCGACCAGAAAAUGGACCACAUCGAGAACACGCUGGCCGAGCUUCAUUCGCGACUGAUUGGGGUCACGGUCAAGCUGUCGGUGGAACGGCAAUGCGAGCGCGUCGGCGCAAUCGUGCCGCGGCUUCGCCAAGAGCGGCUGCAUUGCAAAGUGUCCAUCAUGGAGGAGGAGAAGGUUCUGCACGCGUUGGAGAUAAUGCUCGACGAAAAGAAAGCGAUCCACAAGCAGGCCGAGGCGGACCUCAAGACAAGCCAAGUCAGCGACUCGGCGUUUGUCGACUCGGCCGUGUUUUUGGGCCUGUCGACGCGGUACACUGUGGACGAAUUCCAGGCAAACGUGGCCAAAUUCUUGCGCCAGCUGGACGUCCUCCAGCUCGCUAUCGACCGGGAGCGCAGCAACUCGGCGAUCCGCAUCUCCAACUUGAACGAUCGCAUCCAAGAGUGCGAAGAAGAACUCAAGGCGGAGACGGGGCCGCUGAUGCGCCGAGUUCGGGGAAAGGACCCGCUGCGGUGUUUUCGAUUCAACGCAGUGAAUGCCAUGUACAAGAACGUGUUGGGGCAUGCCAGUGGUGGCGUCGACACGGCCGUUGCGUCCGUUGGCCCGACUUUGAUCGUGUACGACUUUUUGACGGGGGUUUGCAUGGGCCAAGGGGUCGGCGAUGUCGGGGGCGACCAGCGCCAUUUGGGACCCCCCCACGGCCACACAAAGACCAUCAUGACGCUGUUUUCGUUUCACUCGUUUGUGUACACGGGCAGCAUGGACUGCACACUUUUGGUGUGGCAGCUCGAGGACAACUUGCCCGUGCUGCGCCAUCGUGUAACAGAUUUCGACGCGGCAAUCAUGGCCAUCACCGCCACCAUGCAAUACCUCGUUGCCGGGACAGCCGACUGCUGCAUCAUGAUCCACGAUGCCAAAUCGUACGAGCGACUCGUUGCGAUUCCAUCGGCUCAUUUUCGGACAGUCACGUUUCUCGCGAUGGAUUUGAACGUGUUGUAUUCGGCGGGCGCCGACAACGAGCUGCGGGCUUGGCACGUCCAGGAUUCGCACCACGCCGCGACGACCGAACGAGCACUGCCUUCGCCGGGGAUUCUCCCAGCGCGAAGAACGGUGCGAUAUACACGUGGCGUGCGGCUGCGGCCGACGCGAGAAGGACCAACCUGGAAACAAGGCCACGUGCAUCCAGUGUCGUGCGUUCAUUUUGCUGCAAACGAGGUUGUGAGUGGCGAUCAUGGCGGGAAUGUGGUGGUGUGGGACGGCGAUACGGGUGCGAUGCGGCGCCACAUGCACGUGCACAACUGCGCCAUUACGUGCUUGUCGUUCGACUCGCUUCGUGUCGUAACGGGGGCGACGGACGGCACGAUUUGUAUCUCCGACUUGGUCAGCGGUGUGCUCCUGCAAACCCUGCACGGCCAUCAAAGCAAAGUGCUCGACUUGCAAGUCGACCGGCUCCACCUUGUCAGCGUUUCCGACGACGGCAGUAUUCGGCAGUGGCGGUGGCACACACGGGAUGGUAGCUCGCUCUGCAGCAACCGCUUCCACAUUCUCGGCCCGGGUGACACCCUUCGAUCGAUUUCGCUGCAGUACCGCACCAGUGUCGCAUCGAUUCGCGAGUGGAAUCGCAUCCAAGACGUGACCAAGUUGUACUUGGGCCAGCAGUUGCUCGUUCAGAAAGCAGUGCCCGACGAGAUCGGCGACGCGGACCGCUUGAUUUCGCCCGUCUUGGGCAAGCUUGCCCUCGAAGACACGGCGUUCCUUGUCCAAAAUCGAAUGCCCAAAGCGGCGCUGGACGCACGCCUUCAAGAAAUCAUUCAGAACCUUUCGGUCGCAGACGAUGAUGGCUCGAGCCCCAACGCGGCAACCGCCACACCCACGAUGGAAGAGACCCCAGGGGCACACAGCGACGGUGACAGUGGCGAUGGCGACGGAAAUGAACGGGACAAUGCUGCGGAGGACGAUGGUGGCGACGACACCAACGACGAAGGCGCAGAUGCCGACGACUAGCGUGGUUGCAAUGUUGCACCGCAUUGCCAUGGGGGACAAUCGACCUCUUGCGCAUUCCCUUUACGAGUCUCGUUGGAUGAGAAAAGAAAAAUGGAUGGUCACAAAAGCGUGCGAAACGUGACAAUGUUUGCCAA